CUGAAAACGCCCCGUGUGUGCCUGCGUGUGUGUACGUGUGUGUGAGAAACAGAGAAAGAACUCAAGUGACUCCGAGUUGUAAUAAUAAGGCGGCGUUGUUUAUCCAAAGAGAAGGGGCUGGACAUAAUCUGAAUUCAGAGCCAAACUUUUCUUUACUUCCAUUUCCUUCUCUUCACCAAACAUCCAGGAGUCUAACACGAACCGCAGCGUCGAGCGAGCAAGGUCAACAGCAGUGGCCGUCCCGCGAGCUGUCAGAGAGGCACCAGCCCGCCGCGGAUCCCGGUAGUUUGCGGAGAGAACUUCUCUUGAGUUUUAGCGGGAGAGCGAACGGACUAAACGAACGGAAAGCUGGAGGAAAGUUGAGUUGAACCGAGUGGCACCAUGUUUAAUAAUCCGGGGACGUACGCCAACAAGAAGAGGAAGAAGCCCGUCCUCAAGCAGAAGAAGGUCGCUAACAACAAUGAAGUUGUUAAAUCGAACCCUUCCAAGCGCCACCGGGAUCGGCUGAAUGGGGAGCUGGACCGGCUGAUGGAGCUGCUGCCUUUCCCUGACGAGGUUCGCUCCCGGCUGGACAAGCUGUCCGUCCUGCGCCUGAGCGUGGGAUACCUCAGGGUCAAGAGCUACUUUAAAGCUUCCAUGAAGAACGUUAACGGCAGCCGGGUGCCACUGGGGGUCAACGGGAAGAAGAUGGACUCCAAUGGCUUCUCUGAAGGAGAGCUGCUGCUGCAGGCGCUUAACGGCUUCGUGUUGGUGGUGACAUCUGAAGGAAUGGUGUUUUACACCUCCCCUACCAUCAAAGACUACCUGGGCUUCCAUCAGUCAGAUGUGGUCCACCAGAGUGUGUUUGAGCUCAUCCACACUGACGACCGAGUCAUGUUCAGAGAGCAGCUCCACUUUGCCUUAAACCCUCCUCCAGUCGCCUCAGAUGCAGACUUCUCCCAGAACUGUGGAAAUGCAGUGAUGUACAACCCAGAGCAGCUCCCCCCUGACAACUCCUCCUUCCUGGAGAGGAGCUUUGUCUGUCGCUUCCGAUGUCUCUUGGACAACUCCUCCGGCUUCCUGGCUCUGAAGUUCCAUGGGCGCUUGAAGUACCUCCAUGGUCAAAACCUUUCCAGGGACAGUGAGAGCUGUAAAAGUGUCCAGCUAGCUCUGUUUGCCAUCGCUGUGCCUGUCCAGUCUCCAUCAAUCGUGGAGAUCAGAGCCAAAAUGCUCCUCUUCCAGACGAGGCACAAGCUGGACUUCACACCCACUGGCGUCGACAGCAGGGGGAAGAUCAUCCUGGGUUAUUCUGAGACGGAGCUGUGUAUGAAAGGCUCAGGCUACCAGUUCAUCCAUGCCGCUGACAUGAUGUACUGCGCUGACAACCACAUCCGCAUGAUUAAAACAGGAGAGAGCGGUCUGACUGUGUUCAGACUGCUCACCAAAUCCAACGGCUGGAUAUGGGUGAACUCUAACGCCAAGCUCAUCUUCAAAGGAGGGAGACCUGAGUUCAUCAUUGCAUACCAGAAAGCUUUAACCAACGCUGAGGGAGAGGAGUACCUGCGACAGCGGCGGCUGCAGCUGCCCUUCAGCUGCACCACGGGAGAGGCCAUUCUCUACAACACUGGGCCAACCAUGGACAUCUCACAGUUCCAGUUUGACAAAAUGUUUGACAGCGGAAAUACCAAGAGGGAAAUGCCCCCCACUUCCCUUCUGGGCUGCUUCAUGAAUCAGGAUGAAAGCAUGUACAGCCAGGCGGUGGACGUCCCCCUACCUGUGGACGAGGUCUUCAGGGACACCCACGCCCUGGUCGCUGUAGCCAGUAACGAGUGGCAGGAGAAGGACUCACCAGAGAUGACAGCUGAACCCGUGCUGGUGAAGGAGGAGGCCAAGCAGUCAGUGCUGGCUGUAAUCGACAGCCUGGAGAAGCUGAGUCACAGCGGAGACUUUGAGGACAUUCUGGGGAACCUGGAGGUGGACGAUUCUGAGCUGAUGGAGAUGGAAAACUGCUUUAAGAGGUUCCACCAGGAAGAGGAUCCUCAGAAAAGUUCUGGCUCGGAUCUGGACAACUUCAUCACCGAUGAGAUCGUAGACUUUAUUGACUUGGUGUUCAAAGAAAGGGUGGGGGAGUGCUUGGACAGCCUCACCUCGAGCUGCCUUACAGAGGUCAACAAUUUCUCAACCUCUGAACUGUGUGAGCCACAGCUCUUCCAGACUCCCAACCCCAUUUGUUCUUACUCCCCGGUGAGCAGCUGCUAUGAACACCUAGAUGACUCGGUGGCUUCAAGCCAGAGUCUGGUGGAGUCCGCGCUGAUGGGCAACAGGAGCCACAAACAGUCCCAACAGGGUCACACUGACAGCAGUCUGCCCCCGCUGCAGCAGCUGCAGCUGCAUGACAUCUUCAGCUCGGCUAUAGAUCUCCCAGCGCUCACUGUACCCAAGAACUCAGUGACAGAGGCCUUCCCUUCUACCCAACCCUGCCAGAAGCAGCAGGCAUCCAUCAUGCCUGCCGGAUGUUCUCAGGGCAGUUCUGUUCAGGCCCAGCAGCUCCUGCAGCUGGGAAGCAGCAUGGAGGGACCAGAACUAGCAACUGGCCAGAUCCUGCACAACUCUGCUCAACAUCCGAGCAACACGGCACCUGGUGUAAAAACUGUCCUGCCACCCACGAUUCCCUAUAGCAACUUCACCUCCACACCUCCUGGUGGCUGUGAUCCAAAGUUUUUGCAGAAGGGUCUGGUGUGUGAGAACCACAGCGCUCCUGUGCAGCAGUGGCCUCAGAGCCAGCAGCAGACACAGACGCAUGCUGGCAUCAUCCAGAACGGACAUGAGUCCAUGUCCACAUUCCAGAGCCAACAUCCAGGGAGCCAAACAUUCCCUAGUUCUGGCUUCUGUCCAGGCAGCGUCCGCAGACCGAGACACCUGGAGCAAGGGGAUCCGGGGCCAGCCAGCAGCCAGGACCCCCACAGCAGCUGCAUGUUCCAGCAGCACUUUUCCUCCGACCCAGCAGGGGUAAAACUUUUAUCUCAUUAUGGUCCCCCAGACCUCAACGGGGCCAAUGUGACUCUGGAUCAGAGUUCCAGCUACCUACGGUGGAGCCACAGUGAGCUUCCAGUGGGCCCCUCAGCCAUCAACCAGGAGAUGGCCAACAUCGGCCCUCUGGCCCCUGGCAUGGCCCCUGCAGAGGACUCCUGUAACGUACAGCACUACCUGGACAGCAACACACAGACGCAGCAGAACAGCAGAGUCUCCGCUCAGGCUCGAGGAAUCUUCAUCAAUCCUGCUCUCAUGGAGUAGAACGCAGCCUCGUCCAUCGACUGCAUGGCGACACAAACUCAGUAUAGUUUGCCUGUAUCAGUGCUUAUCCACAACGCAUAUGUUCUAAUAUUAUACAUGUGUUUUAUACUUCUUUGUACAAUUACACAAAUGCUUUUCUCUCUGCUUAUCGGCUGUUGCUUUCGUGACGAUAUACCGUAGUAACAAUGAAGUAUGAAUUUACAAGUGUGUUUACCAGGAUGCAGAUGGAGCCAACCAAAGAUGUUUUAUAAGGGAAACCUGAGCUCCUUCCAACACAUCUGAACUUGAUGUUUUAUUGCAAUCACUAAAGUUUUUCUAAAAGACUUAGUAAUCUGGGUAAAAAUAUUGAACUGUGCCUUCAAAUGAAUAAGAUAUCAGAUGAAAUCUGUACAUUUUAAAUGAAACUGUCAAACUGGUUGAUGUAAUUGUAUAUUUAUUUGUUUGAUUUUUUUAUGUGCCUUUUUUUUUAGGUUUGUUUGUUACAUCAGAAUGCUUUGGCUCUUGAAACCCCUCACAUGCACAAUGCAUCGCCAUAUGUUCAUCUCUGUGCAGUCUAUAGAAAUGCACUUCUUGGGAAAAUGAUUCUAGAGAUUUUGUGUUUGAACAUAAGCAUCGAUCAGGCGAGCACUCCGCUGCACCUGAUCCCAUCUGGACCUCACCCUCACACAAGUGUUUAAUUGCAAGCUGCUUCUAUAAAACCAGAGAAGACUGAGCAAACAUGCAGCAGAACGUUCAGCCUCCCGAUUCCAACAUAGCCAUUGAAAUGUAAAAUGGUAUUUCUAGUGAAAGAAUACCUGCUAAUUGAAAGCAUAUGCAGUAGAUGAUUCAGCCCAAAAUAAAUGUAUAACACCUUAUAAUGAUCUGUUUGUAUCUGAUCCGAACACCUUCUGCAGCCACUAUUUACUGUUGGACCUGAACUGAUCCUGGUGGUUCUGAAAUGUAAUACCAAACACAACCACUAAGUGUCAGUCACAAACUAGCAUACAUUUUUCAAAUUGUUGAGAUUGUUGUGCUCAACAUGCUUGAGGAAAUAAUUACAGUUUAAAAAUAAUAAUCUCGAAGCUUAUAUAAAGCUGUUUUCAGUCCAGUAGGGGGCGCCAGGAUAUUUUUUCUUUGAUUUUUAUAACUAUAUAUGCCUUUGUUGCUUCACAAGCAUUUCUAAAAUUUCAUAAGUCGUCGUAAAAACUAAGUGCAUCUUGUUUUAAUUCUAAGGCGUUCAUAAAUCAGAACAUGGUAAAAGAGAUGUAGCUGUUAGCAAGUCCUGAGAAUUUAAAAUCUAUCUUCAGGUAAAAACAUAGUUUCUUCAUUCUGCUGUAAUUUAUUAAAUAAAUGCAAAAUGAAGGAGCUGUUGAUGAACAACUAAGGGCGCCCUAUUAUUCAGUAGACUCAACAUUCUCCCUUGGCAGAAAUGAUGCAAUUUACACCAAGGAUAAAAUCUCACUUUAUUGUUGGCUUUGUAGCCUAGCUGCAGGCAACUUACCUCACGAGGAACACUUUGGAGCGUAGAGGAGAUCAUAGGAAGUCUGAUGCCUAUUGGACUGUAAGGUGCCCAGCUUCUGUGACUGCAAAGGAGGCCCAGAUCAUCAGUCCUCCACCACUGUACUUUGCAGGUGGAAGGAGGUGUUGCACUGCUGGGAAUAAUGAUCAAACACUUCUUCUUUGCCCAUAUGUGUUCAAUGGACAGCUCUGGAAGUUUGGUGCAUCAUUUAGAUGAAAUUUUGGAGUUAUGAUUAGGGAGAAGAGAACAUCUUCAGCUCUGUUGUACAAGUCAUGCUUUCUCAAUCUUUUCCUCAUUGCUCUCUUUUGAAGCUGAUCAUGCUACCACUAAAGCAUCAAACGUCUGCGAGGAAGCAAAGGCGUUGUCCCAACUUUUGAAAUUCCUUGGAGAUUGAUUCCUGGGAGAAAGCCAGGUUUCCAGAAUCAUCUGAAAAGCCAUCGCUCUUCAUCCUGUUCCUGAAAAACUGUUGCUUUAAAACCAGGUUGGACCUUUGGAUCAGUGGACUCUGUCGGAUCUGGACACGUGCGAGUCCAUUUUAAAACAUCUACUCUUCCAAGUUCCCCCCGCUGAGAUCCCUGCACAUGGACUGGAGUAGAAAAUGUUGUGAUCACACUACAGAGUUCCAGCCCAGGUUGAAAAGAAUAGUAACAAGGUCCUUUGUUCAUCGGAAUGCAAGCUUCCCAAAUGCUCUGUGUGGCUGUGUGGCGUCAGGUUGUUGACAAUAGCUUAAGAGGUAUUGAAACAACGAGCAGAUGAAUGUGAGACUGGCUCAGACUUGUGAUUCAGACACCAAACUCCAACACAAAGACACACCCAAACUUAUGCCCUGUGCCUUCAGAUAAAUCCCAACUUUCAGCAGAAAUUCCAUGUUGUUGUCAGGAGAACGUUUUGCUUUGUGUGUACGUGGUUCUCUGUAUCAGAAAGUACGUACGUCUGCAUCUAACCAGGACAAACGACGACGAAAAGGGAACGGCGGUGUGACCUGAUGAAAGAAAGCGAGAAUGUAACAAUGCCUUUAGGUCUCAACUUUCUUUGUUUCUCCAGCUUCUUCUACUCUUUUCGCAAAAUUCUUCACACUACAGAACGAUGUGGGGGGUCUCAAGAAGCCGAGCUACGUCUGCAGUGACAUGGCAGCUUCAUGGAUUCCUGCUCUUCUGCAGGAAACCACUCAGUGAUUAAAUUUCCAUCACAACUGUCAUGUAUGUUCAUGCGUAUAUUUUAAUGAAAACAUUAGAAUAUGCAAAUGAAAAUUUGUAUUCAGUGAUAACUUAAAGAUCUGAUUGUUGAGGCCUUGUUCAUGGCUGUUGUUGGAGAUGUUUUUUGCUUCACCAGCAGGGGGAGCUCAGCUGUUGAACUCUGAUGACUGUAGCCACUAUGAAAAACUUGGAAGAGUCAGAGCCAUGUUGGUGAACUAACAUGUGCUCUGACAGCUGCCAUAUGUCUGCUCUUGUAUUAAAAAAACAAGGAAAGAAAAAUGUAAUUGAAUUUUAUCUAACCAAGUACUUAAACUAUAUUUUUUAUCAUUAUAUAACAUGGAUUUGUAUACUGUUGUAUGCUUUUUUUCAUAAACAUGUGCAAUCAUU